AUGGAUAAUGAAGAACUACUCAUGAAUGUUUCUGGUGAAAUUAAAUUCUCCAGUUUUAAAUUACAGAUACUGAAUCGGAAAAGUUUUUGGACCGAAAAGCAUUACUUGGCGGAUAUCCGAUUAUUGAUAUCAACUAUAGCAGUAUUUUUUUCUGCAUUCGCUUUCAUCUACGAUUAUUUAGAACCAUUUCCGAAAUCAAAACCUGUUCUCGCAACUUGUUCGAUUACAUAUUUUAUUUUAAUGGGAAUAUUGCAAUUGUAUAUGUGGUAUGUGGAGAAAGGUACAUUUUUUCAAGCUGUAGAAGAAGAUUAUCAAAAACGCCAUCCGAAAAGAUAUUGGAAAUGGUCAUCUUCUAUUAAAAAAUUUGAUGACAAAUAUACAUUAGAAGCAGAAUAUACCCAAGAAUCACUUUCUGGUCAGACAAAGGUUAUAAAAUCAAUAGGCUGCUUUAUUGAUGAAGAUGGAUAUGUUGUUAUGCCCUUGCUGGAGAAGGAAGUUGAACAUCUUAUCAACAAUGUACUAAGAAAAGAUUAG